AUGGAGCCUGCGAAGUUGGAUCCAGCUGCUGCUGAGCGCCUUAGAAAGCUGCAGUUGGCGGAUCUGGGUACUGCUAGACGAGAGCACAUUUCAACCACGGACGGCAGGAAGGUCAAGGAAAUCCAUCCCGCCCAUAUUGAAGCGACUAGAAUGACAAACCUGGUUGGAUCUGAGGCACAGAAGGCGGCUCAGGUGAAUAAGGCGCGUCUCGCUGGUUGGGCAAAUGUGUACAAAGAGAUCGGGGACACAGAGGACUUGGAGCACCUUGACAAUCUACUGGAUGGCCAAAGUCACCGUGCGCGCUUGGGUGCCUUGAUAUUCGCAAGUGGUGGUCAAGCCUACACAAAGUCUGCCACCAGAAAGGACAACUUUCUCAAAGUUGCGGAGUCGGAUUACAGCAGAAGAAAUGGGAAACGGGCAUAUUCUGCAGGCCGUGGCGGUGGUGUCAUGGGCACAAGAGACCGCAAGCCAACUACGCCUUCACCUAACACUGCUUCGGUUAGAACCUCCAAGCAGGGAGCGGUAAUGAAAAUAGGUCGCCAUGUUGUUGAAGCUCCUGGUCGCUCACGGUUGGAUCCUGCGCUCGAUUCUAACAACGAACCCAAUAAGAAGAGUCGGGACGAGCUUAAGGCUCGAAGCCAACCCGGCGAUGGAGGAGAGAAAACAAAUAUCAGGACUAGACGUCCGAUUGUUGGUGAUUAUGCCCGCAUUCUUAGCCCUCCUGAAAGCUUCCUUGCUAUAGCCCGUAGCAUGAUCAACACUGAAACUUCUGAUGAUACUCCUGCUCCAGGCCCCCAAACGCCUGAAACUAGGCCCGCUGGUCCGCCGAAGAAACCUAACCCGCCUACCGAGGAUGAUCGAGUUACUUCUGAGAGGGGGCCGGAUACCCCAAAGAUCGCUAAGAGAGUUGUUGUUCAGCCGAAAGAGGCUCCGAAGACUCCUCCGUUUUACAGUCCAGCCGCAAAAGCACAAAUCUCUGCUACGACAACCAACACGGCUGUGAAAGCCACGACGUCGAAAGCGAAUAUUCCUACAGCUCCUGUGAGCACGUCCACCAUACCCUCGAAAGUGAAGGCUUCUACUGCUUCUAAUUCGGCAAUUAACACGCCCGUGAAAGCUACGACUUUGAAAGCAAACAUUCCCGCUGCUUCUGCUUCGCCAAUGAGUUCGCCAACGAAAGGCAUGCCCUCGAAAGCGAACGCUUCUGCUGCUCCUACCUCACCAAUAAGCAUGCGCACUAUCCCAAAAACAAGCGUCACUGCUACUUCAGCAGACACGCCAACCAAAGGCACGGCCCCGAAGGCCAACGUUCCUGCGGCUUCUGCCCGGUCAGCAAGAACGCCUACAGCCCCGAAAUCAAACAUUCAUUCUGUUUCUAGCUCGCCAGCGAACUUGCAAUCAAACGUCCCUGCUAUUUCUGUCUCGUCAGCAAAAACACCCGUUCAAAGUACAUCCUCAAAAGCGAACGAUGCUGCUACUCCCAUCUUGUCAGCAAGCACAGACGCGAAAGGCACAGCCCCGAAAGCCUACGUCUCUGCUGCUUCUGCAUCUCCAGCCAGCGAGCAUAGAGACCCUAAGCCAACGAGCUCAGUUCAUCCUGAAAAGUCUUCUGCUCCUGGCUUGAUAAGCAAGCAGAUCGCCAAUGCAGUGUCACAUACCGCAAAUAAACCAAUUGGUCAGUUGCAGCCAUCGGCGUCUCAGGAUGUUACGGCUACCAAGAUAGAGCGUGAACCUGUUAAGGCCAAUGUCGAAAGAACCGAAGAGUUAUUGCUCGAUUUCGGGACAACGCCACCUGAUUCAAGCCAACUGAGCGGUUUCAUGGCGAGUCCUGCAAUCCAGGAUCUAGAAGGAAUUGACUUUAAACAUACCUCUGACUCCGUUGCUGCACAUGGGUCUACUACCCUUAACUCUACAGAAAGCCCUGAGCAGCAGUCCAACGGACCAAGUAUUGCUGAUUAUCAACGCGAGAUUUCACUUCUCAGUGCCUUGCUGGAGAGCACCACUCUUGGAGACCUUGGAGUUGAAUUCCGCGAAAGAUUGAAGCAGUGCAAGAAAGAACUUGAAGAACUUUGCCAAGCUCAGCGAAGCGGGAGUUCAAUUGUGAACACGCCUGUCAAGCAUGAAAGGAUCUCGUCGACCUCUCCACUUGACAGCGCCAGUGUACGACUCAGACAGGCAGUUACUGCACCUCCAUUUUACCCACGCGUCAGCAGUUUCAGUGGAUAUCGCUCUCCGACAAACAGCAUCUCAAGCGAUUCAACGGCACCACCCUCAACACCUGUUCCAACCCGCCAUGUAGCAAUGCCGAUCCGGGCUCCACCUUCCGCAGCUGAGCCGGAAUCGACCUUUGAUCACAUCUUUGGUGACCAUUUGCUCCCUGGUAGACGUUCACGUACCCCAUCCUCGCUGAGAGAAGUUUCGUCAACGUCACGUACUUCUUCUGAUGAACCUAAUAUGGCGGAAGUAAGCUUCUCAAUCCCACCUCACGAAACGGGCCUGAGGAACGUGAAUAUUCCGGUUUUCGAGAAUAACAAAAGAAUCGAAUUAUCCACUCAGCCGGAGGCGUCCAACCAUUUUCCUUUGCUGCAGACCAUUGAGUCUAAAAGUCCAGAUCCUUCCGCAUCGCCUGCUUCAGGCACACUAGAAGUGCCAGAAAACCGAUCCACCCCUCAUGUCGGCAGCAGUAUGCAGAAGACCGAGCCCGCCGUGAGCUCCUUGACACAGUCCAUACAUGCUGUCGAGCCACCUGCGAAGACGCAUGCACGGAGCGCCUCUUCGCAGAAGACUGAGCCUGUUAUUGGUUGUGUUACCUCUGCUGCUCGAGAAUCCUCGGUGCCAUCGCAACAUCCGCCCAUCACCACGAUCUCCAAGGAUGUGAAACAGCCAGAAUGGAAGUUUACUUCAAUAACCCAGUCCAUUCACGCUGCUCCGAAGGAAUCGACAGACCAACCCGCCCGAGUAAGUAAUUCGUUGGGCCAAUCUGUUCAUGCUCACCCUCAAGUGGUGCCAGCAACACAACCCGUUCCAGUUGGCCCCAAGACUGUUUCGAAAGUAAGCUCAACGCUGGAUGGCCUCAUGAGCUCGAGAUACGCAUCGUAA